CAUUGUACAGGGCAGCUCACUGCCUAUGAUUGGUGAUGUAAAAAUAUUGUAAGAAAUUGAAAAGUCUUAGAACAAACUUUUGUGCAAUGAAUAAUUCAUAUCUGUUCCAGUUCACAAUAAUAUCUGAAUAUGUGAUGUAAAACUGUAAUAGAGUAAUGCCAGCUGUGUCUGUUCAAUAGUUGCAGAUUAUAUCAGUAUAUACAUAUUUGUUUGGUACUUCAGUAGGCUACUGUAACAAACCAAUGUUGCAAUAUGUCUGGUUUGAAUGAUGACUUUCCUGCGAUUGAUAGCACUGUACUGGAUGAUCUUGAACGGCAAACAGAAAAACUCUCUAACAGCCUUGGCAAUAUAGUUAAGAAACUGACUAAUAAACUACACGAGACAUCAGCAAUUACUGUGGCUAAUUCACAAACAUAUAGCAGUGCAAUUGAAGCUAUGGGAGUUGAGAUUGAUGACUCAAUGAAAUCGAUGUACAUGCUGAUUGCUCAUUGUGAGGAACUUGAUAAAGCAAUGGUUCCUGUGUAUAAAGUUGGUCAAAGCAUUAAAAAAAUUCAAAAUUCUCUGCUGAUGUUAGAAGCUCAAGUUGCUCAAAUACCAUGAUUACAGUUUUUUUUUAUUCAGACUAGGAAUUUUAUGUAUUAGUUUAUGAGUCUUCGAUAAAGUAAUAAUAACUAAUUCUUAAUAUAAAAUAAUAAAUAUAGAAUCAUUUUGUUUUGACAUUCAAAAUUUUUUUUCAUUCCAUAAAAAAUGCUACAUUUUACAUUAUUGUUAUGAAUUGUGAAAUACAAUAAUAUACUGCUGUACUGAUAUACUGCUUAUAUAUUUAUUCAAAUGAAACAUGUCUAUUCAAGUGUUAUAUUACAUCAAAGCCAUUUUUAAUAGGCAUUUCUAUUUGCAAAUUUCAACAAGUAAUAUUAACUAAUUUGUAAUUUCUAUGCAAGUGUUAGGACAGAAUUAUGCAUUUCAUUGUUUUACCUAAGUUUUAUUAUUCAUUUUCGAUGGUUUGAAUUUGUUUUUGCUUUGUUUGAUUAUUUAGGGUUGAGCCUGAUUAUUAAUCUAUUUAAUUAACUUCGAAUAAUAUUAAAAAUAUUAAUUUGGUUUUACAUCUGACAAUGCUUUGAUCUCAG